AUGUUCUCAUCAGUUGUUGGAGUUGUCCUCCACAUCCUCUUCCUGCUCGUGCUGCGUGUCGACGCUGUCCCGGUGGCUGGAGCCAGCGCGUCCGUGUCGGCUGCCUUCUCGUCUGCCUCUUCGGCGUCCUCGUCGAGCUACUGGGUUGGCUCGAUCAAGCGUCAGGGCACGAUUCCGUUUGGAAACAAUACGAGCUAUCAGAUAUACCGCAAUGUAAAGGACUUUGGGGCUACAGGCGACGGUUCCACCGAUGAUACUGAUGCCAUCAAUAAGGCUAUUUCCUCCGGCGGUCGCUGCGGAGAGGGCUGCGACUCGUCAACGACAACACCCGCGUUGGUCUACUUCCCUCCAGGGACGUAUCUGGUCUCCAAGCCCAUUGUGCAGUACUACUACACUCAGAUGGUUGGUGACGCCAACGACCUGCCCGUGCUCAAGGCGGCUGCCAGCUUCACUGGUAUGGCCGUGAUCGACUCUGAUCCGUACGAAACCGACGGGAGCAACUGGUACACCAACCAGAACAACUUCUUCCGUGCCAUCCGCAACUUUGUGAUCGAUCUCACCGCGAUGCCCGAGAGCGCCGGCGCUGGCAUCCACUGGCAGGUCGGCCAGGCCACUAGCCUGCAGAAUAUCCGCUUCGAAAUGAUCCAGGGUGGCGGCAGUGCUAACAAGCAGGAGGGAAUCUUCAUGGACAACGGCUCUGGAGGCUUCAUGUCCGAUCUGACCUUCAACGGCGGCAAUUACGGCAUGUUCCUCGGCAACCAGCAGUUCACCACUCGUAAUCUCACCUUCAACAAUUGCAAUACUGCCAUCUACAUGAACUGGGAUUGGGCCUGGACCUUCAAGUCCGUCACCGUCAACAACUGCGGCGUCGGUAUCAACAUGUCCACUUCCCCUUCCAACCAGACCGUUGGCUCUGUCCUCCUGCUGGAUAGCACCAUCGAUGCGACUACCGCCGGUAUUGUCACAGCUUUCACCAGUGACAGUAUCCCUGUCGGUGGUGGUGUCCUCGUCCUGGACAAUGUCGACUUCACCUCCUCGUCGGUCGCCGUCGCCGGCAUAUCUGGUAACACCAUCCUGGCCGGUGGCUCCGUAGUGGAGAACUGGGUUCAGGGUGAUGUAUACACUUCGUCUUCCGGUGCCACCAAACGGUCCGCUCCUCUGCAGCGCCGCGAGAUUAUCGAGGUCGAGGUGAUUGAGUAUGAGAUCAUCGAAGAGUGCCCCGACUCUGGUUGUAGCCAGGCGACUUCAGCCUCAACCUCUGGAACGGAGAGCCGCUUCCCCUUCGCUACCGUCCCCGUGGCCGUGCCGACAGUCAACAUUGCUGUGACUAUUGGCAGCGGCAGUGAACACUCUGGUGGUGCUGCGACCAGCUCCAAAUCCACCGCUACAGCCGUCGUCGCCGUCGAUUCCUCGUCAUCAACCACUACAAGUGUCAUUGGUGUGGCGUCUUCUCAUGCUGCGGGCGUGGCCGGGUCCUUAUCGCACCAACAUGCGACUGUCGCUUCCUCCUCUGCUGUCUUUGGGACUGCGGGCGAAGCGUCUUGCGCGGCCAAGACGGUUACCCGGACCCGCGUCCAGACGACCAUGCCGACACAGGCCAAACCAUCGUCCCUCCUCACAAGCAGCGGCAAGAUCUACGAGCGCUCUAAGCCUCUGUAUGAAAGCUAUCCGGCCUCUUCUUUUGUCAGUGUCAAGUCAGCAGGCGCCAAGGGCGACGGUACUACCGAUGACACGGCGGUCCUGCAGAAGGUUUUCGAUAGUGUCACCGAGGACCAGAUUGUUUACUUUGACCAUGGUGCCUACAUCAUCACCUCCACCCUCAAGGUGCCCAAGAACAUCAAGAUCACCGGUGAGGUGUGGCCUAUGCUGAUGGCGUAUGGAGACAAAUUCGCCGAUGAGAAGAACCCCAUCCCCAUGCUGCAGAUUGGAGAGAGUGGCGAGGUCGGCUCUGUCGAGCUUUCUGACCUGAUCUUGGAGACCAAGGGCCCUGCUCCCGGCGCCAUCCUGAUGCAGUGGAAUCUGGCUGCGGAGACGCAGGGUUCAGCCGGCAUGUGGGAUGUGCACACCCGUCUUGGAGGCUCCGCCGGCACGGAGCUGCAGAGCAACACCUGCCCGAAGACACCGUCUACGACUACCACGCCCAACCCGGAUUGCAUCGCCGCCUUCCUGAUGUUCCACCUGACGGCUAACGCGAGCGCAUAUGUGGAGAACGCGUGGUUCUGGACCGCCGACCACGAGCUCGAUCUGUCCGACCAUAGCCAGAUCGAUGUGUACACGGGUCGCGGCGUCCUCGUGGAGAGCACGAACGCCGUGUGGCUUUAUGGCACCGCAGCGGAGCACAACCAGCUGUACAACUACCAGGUGUCCGGAGCAAAGAACGUGUUCAUGGGCUUGAUCCAAACGGAGACUCCGUACUACCAGUCCAACCCGGACGCGCUCACCCCGUUCACACCGCAGACGUCGUGGGCCGAUCCCGACUUUUCCACAUGCACGACCGCCUCAUGUCGCAAGUCCUGGGGGCUGCGUGUCCUCGACACCACCGACUUGUGGGUGUACGGCGCGGGCUUGUACAGCUUCUUCGAUAACUACAGCCAGACGUGCCUGGACACGGAGUCGUGCCAGGAGAACAUCGUGCAGGUCGACUGCUCGGAGGUGUAUCUGUACGGGCUCAGCACCAAGGCCAGCACCAACAUGAUCACCUCAUCGUCUGGAGAGGCUCUGGUCCUGCAGGACGAAAACGAGAGUACCUACUGCUCCACCAUUGCGUUUUUCGAGCAAUAG